CCUGACGUUACGUUUGCGUUAUUUCAUCUCAUGCUCAUAUUUGACCAACGGUUACACCCUUGAUAAUUCCCCUCCGAACUUUGGAUUGGAAGCUUAAAAAAAAAACCAAAAAAGCCAACAAGAAAAGCGGCGGUGUUGGGGAAGAAAGAGAAAUGGCGGAAAGUAUAUGCAGAGGGGCAGAGGAGCCAUGGCGAGUAUUAGAAUUCUACAGCGGCAUUGGCGGCAUGAGGUAUUCGCUAAUGAAAGCUGGUGUCAACGCUCAAGUAGUCGAAGCCUUUGAUAUUAACGAUAGAGCUAAUGAUGUUUACCAACACAAUUUCGGUCACCGCCCUUAUCAGGGAAACAUUCAGAGCCUAACUGAUGCUGAUCUUGACAGCUAUAAGGCACACGUGUGGCUUCUUUCCCCUCCUUGCCAACCCUACACUAGACAAGGUCUUCAAAAACACUCUGCUGAUGCUCGGGCAUUUUCAUUUCUUAAUAUUCUUGAACUUAUAACACGCAUGUUAAAACCUCCAGUUAUGCUAUUUGUGGAAAAUGUUGUUGGAUUUGAGACUUCAGAUACUCGUGCAAAAAUGGUUGAAAUAUUGGCAAAAUCUGAUUUUGUUACACAGGAGUUUAUAUUGAGCCCACUUCAAUUUGGUGUUCCCUAUUCUAGGCCACGUUACUUUUGCUUGGCAAAAAGAAAGCCCUUAUCUUUUCAGUGCCAACUGUUCAAUAACCAGCUUCUUUGGUCUCCAAGCCCGUUAUUUGGUAAUGAUGAGAACAUGGUGAUUGGUGAAUACGAUCAAUCACAAGAGAACUGGGAUAAGUUGAUCGAGUCUUGCCAACCAAUAGAGAAGUUUCUUGAAUUUACUUCUUCAAGUGAUCAAGUAGACGUGGAGACCUGUUCUUUCGGGACUACUGAUGUUUCUGCAAAUGGUUUGGAAACUUCUGAGGAAUUUGUUGGAGGAGAUGCAUUUGAUUUCAGCUCUAUAGAUCAGUUUGUAGUUCCAUUAAGUCUAAUUGAGAGGUGGGGAAGUGCUAUGGAUAUUGUCUACCCGGAUUCGAAACGAUGCUGUUGUUUUACGAAAAGCUAUUAUCGAUAUGUGAAAGGUACUGGCUCCCUCUUGGCAACAGUUCAGCCAAAGAGAAAGGGGAAAGCUACUUCGUUAAAGGAGCAGUGCCUUAGAUAUUUUACACCAAGGGAGGUUGCCAAUUUGCAUUCUUUUCCAGAGGAUUUUCAGUUUCCAAAGCACAUAAGCCUUAGACAGCGUUAUGCAAUGCUGGGAAAUAGUCUAAGUGCAGCUGUUGUUGCUCCCUUACUCCAGUAUCUGUUUGCCCAACCAUGCUGAUUUUCAGCUGAAGAGCUCCAUUCACCAGAUGCAGAUCAUUUUUCCCUGCAAGGGUGAGUGUCUGAAGUUCUUAAGCCAGGGCAUUGUGGCUCCACUUAGAUCCAGUCUGAAAAUCUAGUAGCUGAUGACUGAGUGGGUCCUAUUUGUAUCUGAUUUGUUCCCCUUAGGAAAUUAAUUGGCAAGUUAGCUGAGGGAGGUCUGUCCAAGGGAAUGUAGAAAUUGUAUUAUAACCAUCAUAUCUAGAGGGAUGAAAAGCUUUUGUAUUUUUUAUUGUAUGUAGAAUGAUGUAGGCUUAAUAGAUGGUAGGUAAUUUUAAACUUGCCAGCAAGAACUUGCCAUGGCAUGUUUAUAAGCAAACAAGUGCUACUUAUUGUUGUUCAGUAAACAUUUCUGAGUCAUCUCGUAAAUGAAACAGCAGUUCUGCAAGUUUCUAUCUA